AUGGAAAUUCACCAAGACCCUCUCCAUCUUCCUCCUCUUCCUCCUCCUUCUGAACAAUAUUUUGCUGACGACCAUGUGGAACAACUAAACACCUCCAACCCAAAACAAGCCACCCUGAACACCAAAGCCCCAAGUUGUGCUGAUGGUGAUGGCCAUGUUUCCCCAAAUCGGAAUUUAAAAAAAAAUGGGCAGCAUCAACAGCUCAAGAAACAAAUUAGAAGAAGGCAUCCCACCAAUAGGCCUUCUCAAGAAAAGUUUCUGAAUAUGGCAGAGGCAAGGAGGGAGAUUGUCACUGCCUUGAAAUACCACAGGGCAACCAAACAGGCCAGUGAGCUGCAGCAACUGCAACACUAUCACCAACAUCAAUCACUGGCCUUUCAGCCUUCCCUUCUUUCAAGGUUUAGCCCAGAUGAAAGAUUCAGGUCUAGGAGAAGGCCCAGGAUGUCUCCCCCAUUCUCAACCAAAAUUGCAAAUUUCUUGCAUGAUUUUUCCUUACCAUCCCUUCCUCCUCCUCUUCCUCUUCCUCCUCCUCCUCCUCCUCCCCCUCCUCUUCCUCCUGCAGUUCCAAACUCUUACUCCAACUCCAUUAAUUCCCCAUUUGCUCAUCCACCUCCUACGGCGGAAACUCCCAAUUUCAUACUUCCAAGUCAUUCAUUGGGAUUGAACCUCAAUCUACACACUUUCAACAGUUUAGAACCUACCCUUUUGCUUAAUGACAAGAUUUUAGAUUCUACCCUUUUGCUUAAUAACAACAUUUUAGAGCCUACCUUUUUUCUGAACAACGACAGCAACUACUCGCCUCCAACAUUUUCUUCCCCACCACUUUUGACAGAUCAAGACGUUCCUUCGAUGGGAAUAUCACAGUCACAGGGAGAAGGGAGUUCCUCAGUGAUGAAUACCAUUGAAUCCAGUACUACAAAUCAGGCUAGUGGAAACAUGCAUGUAGCAAUGGAUGAAGAAGGCAUGGCAGAGAUACGAGCUUUGGGAGAGCAACAUCAAAUGGAAUGGGAUGACAGUAUGAGUUUGGUCACUUCAGUUUGGUGGUUCAAUUGCUUACAGCAAAUGGAACAUAAUGCACAUGAAGUCAACACUGAAGAUGAUAGAUGUCAUGAGAUCUUUGAUGAUGAACUCGAAUUUCCUAUCUGGGAAAAUUAA